AUGGCUAAGAUCCUCUGCCUUGUUAUUUUGGCCAUCAUGGCCAUCUCCAUGGUUGCAACCACGGCUAUGGCCAAUGCCCACAUUGAUAGGGCACGAUAUGGUGAAGGGAGCCUAAAGGGUUACGAAUGCGGCUCGCAAUGCAAGAGGAGGUGUCAGAAGACACGGCCUUCUUUGAAUCAGCCCUGUCAACUCUUCUGUAAUAAAUGCUGUGCAAAGUGCCUCUGCGUUCCUCCUGGAUACUCUGGAAACAAGCAGGUUUGUGCUUGCUACAACAACUGGAAGACAAAGAGAGGAGGGCCAAAGUGCCCUUGAAUACUUUGUCCCAUUAUCACUCUCAAGUCCCUGAGGCUCCUAACAUGGCACAAGCUGGUGGUGCCAGAGCUGUUGUUUAAUUUGUAGUCUUUCUGAUUCCUGUCAGUUGUCGUCUUUACUCUUUAGUCGCUACAAGUCAUAAGUUCUAUGACUUUAUAUUGACAAACUUUUACCUAAUGUUUGCUCCUCUGGGCAAAGAAGUUUUGCCUUGCCCAUCAGAGAGCAGUAGUGUCACCACAUCAGUUUGGGUAGUUUGUUGUAUUUGUUGCUUCCCCUUAGUGGGAUAAUCCAAUUUUCUUGCAAUGCAAUUUAGGUUCAAUAAUCAUCAA